AUGGCUGUCGUGUUUCCUACGCUCCGUCGACAGGCUGAAAGCACGAGCGCCAAUCGCGAGGACCAACCUCAAGCCGCUCAUGGCAUUGGAACACUCCGCAACGUCUUCAAUUCCGCUCUAGGGCUCCUCGGUCAACGUGAGGCUUGGACAUCGCCGAAGACGGUCACUCCGGAUCUAACACCCUUCGAAUACGACUCACUGCCUACUUCUGGCCGCCAAGAGUCCUCCGGGUUCUACGUCCUCAAGAUACUGAUGAGCCCUUCCUGCGCACCGGAAUACACCGCGCUGUCAUACACUUGGGGCGAAGUUAGUGACUACCCCAUUGUACUCAAUGGCAAAUUGGCACAAGUGCGGUCUAAUCUCCUUGCCUUCUUGCUCCGUGUCUGGCAAGAUGCGGACGCUAAGAACAAGAUGUACUGGAUCGAUGCCGUGUGCAUCUACCAGCAGAAUAUACCAGAGCGGAACGAAUUUGUCUCAAGAAUGACAGAGAUAUACGAGAAAGCUUACAGCAUUGUCGUCUGGCUUGGUCCUGGCAGUGCAGAGGAGGUAGCAAGUUCAUUUGAUGCUCUCGAUACGCUUACUGGUCUCGCGGUCUUCGAAGGGCCUGGAGGCACCCGCUACAAAGCCAAAAACACCUCCUACAAAACCAAAGACGGUAUACAUGUAAAUUCCCUUCCGGACUCGUCUGUACUAAAAGAACGCCUGCUGGCAAAUCCUUACUGGCAGCGAGUCUGGAUCCUACAAGAGGCCUCAACACCCAAGUUGACUGGUCCAGGCACGACUUCCGUCUGGUAUGGCGACCGCACUCGCAAUUUUGGCGAGUUCAUUAUCAGUAUGUCGACGCUCACGGGGAAGUACAGAGGGAGCAAGGAAAAAUUUGGCAUCCACCUUAGCCCUCCAUUGGAACGUCUUGGGCUCCUCUGGAUGCAACGCGAAAAGGCGAGAGCGUACCUGUACCCGCCAGCAAACAUGAUGAGUUUGCUGCAGCAUGCGCGAGCUUCACGCUGCACAGCUGAUAGAGAUCGCAUAUAUGCCUUGCUGCCAGCAGCUAUUGACUUCGCUGGCUAUCGAGCGGAUUACUCGAAGCAGAUAUCUGAAGUAUAUUCUGACUUAGCAAGUCAUUUAAUUACGCAGGAAAGCAAUCUGGACGUUCUGGGCUUCACUGACGGACGGAGAAACAUCAAUGGACUGCCUUCGUGGGUAGCCGACUGGACACAUCCUGACGUUCCAGCAGCUUGCCCGAAAUCAAGGUGGGAGCAGCAGCAAGUGAGUGAGCAGCAACGCAAGCAGCUUGACAACAAGUUCAGCCAAGUACCACGAGAAGACCAUCAGCCGCCACCAAGUGAAGCGAUAUGGGAGAAGAGUAAUAUAUACAACGCUUCCGCUGGCCUCCAGUCACCAUCAUCGGGCUUCGUCACAGCGGAUGACCCUUCAGCACUUCGUCUCCGAGGCUUCACACUCGACCAUAUAGUCUCAGUCGACUCCGCAUCUAUCUUCAUGAAUCACAGGUCUUGGAAGCCAUACGAGCAUGCCAAUUGCAAAAAGUUCGAUGCGCUCAUGACCACGGCUUCUGCGGGAGUGUAUUCCGAGCCAUUCGAAAUGCAUGCUCGGCUCGACAUCCAAUUUCCGCAGCCACAGGAAGACCCUGUAGACACCAGAUCUCAGAUGAUGAUGCGCUUUUUGCUGUACCGUUCGCUGCGCAUUUCGUAG